AUGGCUAAAAAAUCUGAGAAUGUCGGUGGAAAGCUGGUGACGGUGUCGGUCGUUGGGCUAUCAGGCACCGAAAAGGAAAAAGGACAGCUUGGAGUGGGCAAGUCGUGCCUUUGCAAUCGUUUUGUUCGAACAAACGCCGACGAUUAUAAUGUCGAUCAUAUUUCCGUUUUGAGUCAGUCGGACUUCAGCGGUCGAGUGGUGAACAACGACCACUUUUUGUACUGGGGCAGCGUACAGAAAGAGAAUGACGACCAAGAGUAUCGCUUCGAGGUGAUAGAGCAGACAGAGUUUGUCGAUGAUGCCUGCUUUCAACCGUUUAAAGUUGGCAAAACAGAGCCAUACGUAAAACGAUGCGUAGCAACGAAGAUACAGUCGGCAGAGAAACUAAUGUACGUAUGCAAGAACCAGCUGGGCAUCGAGAAGGAGUACGAACAAAGAUUGAUGCCGGACGGGAAAAUGACGGUGGAUGGCUUUAUGUGCGUCUAUGAUGUCAGUCUGGUUCCAGGGAGGACGUGGGAGAAACAGAACGAAAUUACAGCGGCAAUCCUACAAAACAUUCUCAAGCUCAAAAAGCCUGUAGUUCUCGUUACCUCUAAGAAUGACGAAAGCUGUGAGCAAGGCGUGAGAGAAGCUGAAAGAUUGGUGCAGAGGAAAGAGUUCAAAGGCAGCAUACCCAUAGUGGAAACGUCCAGUCAUGAUAAUGUAAACGUUGACCAGGCUUUCUUCUUGCUGGCUCAGAUGAUUGAUAAGACCAAGGCGAGAAUAAAGGUGGCGAACUAUGCUGAAGCUUUGAGAAUAAGAAGAGAGACGUUAGACUUCGUAACUGAAGCUUUUACGCAAUUGAUUCGAAUACAUGUUCAGGAUCAUAAGGAGAUGUGGUCAGCAGCUAGCAAAAGAUUAAGCCACUUUCCAGAAUGGAUCAAGUUUGUUCAGCAGUUUGGAAAUGAUGGAACCCAGGUUGUGUACCGUCGUCAUAUCCGACGUCUGAAAGAAGAGCGUUCAGCAAAGAAGCUUCGUAAGCAGCUCGCGAAGUUGCCUCAAGCACUCUCUCGUAUGAACCUGCCAACUGAAGAUUUACAGGAGAGCGACUGGGCGAUGGUGGUGCGGCAACUGCGCACGCAUCGCGACUUCCCGGUGUACUUCAGCGAGGGCCGCGCACGCGACUCGCGCUCGGGCUCGGGCUCCGAGCUGGACAGCCCGCUCGCCACUGACGCCACGCUGCGCCUUGGCGACCGAGUGCGCUAUCAGACCCUGGGACAAUCUCAAAAGAUACCUUACGAGAUAUUAGAGACGAAUGAAGCCGCGGCCGUUUUUAAGACAUUCCUUCACGAAGCGCAAGAAGAGCAGAGGAAUUAUGAAUGGUGUCAACAAUUCAAGCGUUUACUAGAAGAGACCGGGUAUGUAACCCCGGGGAAGCAGUUGUCAGAGGUGCGGGUGUUGUUAAUGGGCAGGGAGUGCUACGAGGCUUUAACGGAGGAGCAACAGCAAAGAGUCUAUGAUCAACACCAGAGGCAGAUACAACGAAGGGCUAAGCAUAAUUUGCAGGAACUCCUGCUAGAACAUGCGGACUUGUUCUAUCACUUCAAGAGUAUAUCUCCAACUGGUACAAUAACUCAAGAAGACAUCAAGGAAAUUACUGAUGUACUGCAAGAUGAUUUUAGGUAUAAGAUGCUUGAUCGUAUGGAGCAAGAUAGAAAAUUGAUGCUGUUUCAACACUUGGGUUUCGUCCACUGUCCAAUGCGUGAGCACUGCCCCGCUGGUUCAAAUUGUUUGGAUGCUACUCUGCCUGUUAUACUAAAUACUAGGGUUGGAUCUUUGACAUCUGCCAGCGAGUCACAGUGUCAGGCUGGGCCACCUGCAGCACCGUGGGCACUCACUACCGACUCCAAUCAGAUCAAUGUUAUCAUAUUGGGGAUGGAGGGCGUGGCGGGCGAGUUCGGGUCGCGGCUGGCGGCGGGCUGCGACGCGGCGCGGCGCGUGUGCGUGCGCGGGCAGGCCUGGCGCGUGGCGCAGCGCCUGCGCCUCGCCUCCGCGGACACGGCGCCCGACGACACCGACGACUUCGCGCCCAAUGGAUACUUCUGUGUAUAUCAAGAUCAAGAAUCUUUUGAAUUCAUUAGAAAUUGCGCGGAGAAGACACUCUUAUCAAGUCUUGAGCAAGAAGAUAAACUGCCCUUUCAAGGUCUUCCAUUGGUGGUGAUGUUUGUUCAAGAUGAAAAUAUGGAUAAGAAGGAACUUGCAAGGUUGCAGGAAGAGGGUCAAAAUCUCGCUGAUAAUUUACACUGUUCGUACAUGGAGGCAUCUGUGAACGAGCUAGGUACGGAGGCACUAACGGCGGACGCUAUACAAGAACUGAUAAGGACUAACCGAGAGAAGGCCAGCUAUGCUCAUCUGUACAGAGAUCUCAUCGUUUGCUUCGACUCUGAUAUACGAAUAAUGGUGUGUAUGUUUUGCGACGAUCCAUAUUCACCGGAACGUGUGCUCAGCCCGUUACUGCUGCAUAGAGCCUGUUUCCUCACCGGCGAUAGGUCUAUUGUCAUAGAGACGUUUCUAGGAGAUUCUAAGAGGAAAGUCGAGGUUAUUAUAUCAAGUUUUCAUGGUGCUAGUCAAUUUAGAGAGGAGUUGAUACAUGGCUUCAUACUAAUAUACUCCGCUAAGAGGAAAGCAAGCUUAGCCACUCUCAACGCAUUCUCAAUGAACAUUCCCAACCUGCCGAUACAAAUGGUGGCAGUGACUGACGGUGGUGGGUCUGCCGCUAAUGCGUUCUUCGGUACUGAUCUCGGACACGCGCUCAUCACAGAGGGCAACGCGACUGCAGAUAGGCUGGGGGCCCAUUUCACUACGUACACAUCAAGUGCGGAGAGUAAAUCGGCGUUCUACACGCCGUUCUUCAAGGAGGUGUGGGAGCGCAAGGGCGAGAUCGAGCGCGCGUUCCGCAUGGAGCAGCCGCACAACCUGCCCGACGUGGCCGCCGCGCGCCCCGCGCCGCCGCCGCGCAACCACUCCUACCACCUCGACCACAAGAUGGAACACAAACUUACGAACUCGCUCGAUCUUCUCAUCGGUCCGGACUCGCGGGCUGACAUUGACUCCGAGUACAGUGACACAUUGAACAACUCCAAGAAUAGGGGAUUCCUUAAGGGUUUCAGCGUUUACCCGCCGCCCAGCACUCCACCUGAACCUGCUCCGCCCGAUCACAGAAUGCACGCAGAUCUCUCACGUAAGUCAUCCGAUCUCAACUGUUCCGAGGAUUCGCUGAGCACGCACGAGUCAGACGGCGGCGGCGGCGGCGCUUGGCAGUCGGCGGGCUACGGGCAGCGCGCCUUCACGACGGGGCGCGCGCGCCCGCAGCCGCAGCCGCCGCCGCAGCGCACGCGCCACUCGCAGACUCUCUCGCUCAAGCAACCAGGCAAAUUAGACAUGAACAAUUAUACAAUGGUCAGCGACGCGCUACAGCAUAUUACAAUUGGGCCACCGCACUCGAGAGAAAGAAAGUGCGGUCGCUCGGGCUGGACGCACGCAGGCACAGCCGCCGCGCAUCACCACCACCCCUCUGGCGUCAGCUCCGAGACUGAACUCGACGCGCAAUACGCGCAGAUUAAGGAGACUAAUGAAUAUAUGGAAGCACCGUCAAUGACGAGACUGAGAAGACAUCGAAGACACGAAAAAUCACACACACAUCAGCCAUCGUUCUCGGAAACGGACAGCUCUGGGUCGAGCGAGGCGUCGGGCGGCGCGGCGCGGCUGCACGCGCGCCGGCGCCACAACGCGCACCACGCACCCAGGCACUACAAGAAACGGUCAUUGGGAAACCUAGUUGCAGUACAAAGUCCGAGAGUCCCAAAGCUGGGUAUGUUUGUGGGCCCACCAGAAUUGCCAACCGGAUAUCGAGCACGACCGCUAGAAGAUAAAGCAGGGAGCGAGUCGAGCGACGGCAGCUCGGACGGAGAGACGCGGCGGCCGCGCCCGCUUCCGCCGCCACCACACCACGACGCGCACAAGCUACUAUCCGGCGAGUAUCCUUCCUCGGCGCAAGACAACUCUUCGUCAAGUGCAGCGGAUUCGCGGCGGAGACCACAGCCCUUUAGCAAGCACGAUCGAAGACAUAAGGAAUUCUCCAAAAGCAAAGACUCCAAGAAAAACUCUGCGCAAAUAACGAAUACGCAAUCAAUACAAAACUGGGGACCACAGGGUUCUCAUGGAGUACCGCUAUUCGUCGAGAAGUGCGUGGAGUUCAUAGAAAGAGAGGGGCUUGCUUCAGAGGGACUUUACCGAGUCCCCGGCAACAGGGCACAUGUAGACAUGCUCUUCAACAAGUUCUAUGAAGAUCCAAAUGUAGAUUUAGAUUCGCUAGAUAUCCCAGUAAACGCCGUCGCCACUGCGCUUAAGGACUUCUUCUCGAAGAAACUACCACCGUUACUGGAUGAAGCCAGCAUGUCGCAGUUAGAAGAUAUUGCUGCGAUGCGCGGCUGCAUCGCGGGCGGCGUGGAGCUGAAGGAUCGCAGCUGGCGGCUGCUGGCGCUGCGCGGCCUGCUCGGCUCCGCGCUCACGCCGGCCGCGCGCGCCACGCUCGACUACCUGCUGCACCACUUCGCCAGGGUUGCGGACAAUUCGAAGUUGAAUUCCAUGGACAGCAAAAACUUGGCGAUCUGCUGGUGGCCGACGUUGCUCCCCGUUCAAUUCUCGGAUAUGGGCCGAUUCGAGAUGACGCGACCUUAUCUAGAGGACAUUGUACAGACCAUGAUCGACCAGCAUCCAUUCCUUUUUCGCGGACAGGAGGCCUUCGUCAUGGUGUGA